ACAAGAUGGCGUCGAUUAGCAAAGAACGUUUGAGGGAGAUGGAGGAGGAGAUGGACCGCUUUGAGGCGGAGAUCCAAGCCCCCGGCGGCCCUCCCCGUCCCGGCGGAAGCUUCAUCUUGGGUGCCAACACCUUUGACAAGGUCCAGGCACAGUUAUCCUCCCUCAGGCAGGAGUCCUCACGGUUACAGCGGCAGAAACUGCGGCAAGAGAGCGAUGAGGAGGAGGAGGAGGAGGAUGAAGACUUCCGGGACCAGGACAUGCGGCUUCCGCAAGUUGGUCAGAAGAGAAAGUUCCAAGAACCUGUACCGGGCAACGAGUUCCACGACAUCGAUGAGAGGCCUGGCCGACCGCAAGGUCCCCUGGUGCCACCACCUCCCCCACCCCCACAGUCCCUCCCCAGGUCUGCCCCUCCACAGAGGCCAGUCUCACAGGAUAUGUCUCUCGCAUCAGUGCUGGCUCCUCCCCCUCCUCCCCCACCAGAGCCCGAAGGCAGGGCCAACCAGGGCUCCACCCUAUCAUUCAAACCCUACGGCCCAGGGGAGGGGCCUAAUGUGCCGCGACCCUCCUUUAUGCCCCCACAGCUGAGGCACCGCCCCCCACAGCCUCCGCCAGGCCACCGGCCGCCUUUUGGCCGACCGCCCAUGAGGAUGGGGGGGCCCAUGUGCCACCCCAUGGGAGGAGGGCCCCCAGGACCUCCCGGACCACCAGGACCGCCCGGACCCCCGAUGGGAGGGCCUCCAGGGCCCAUGCGUCCCCCGCCACCUCCUCCUCCUCACCCCAUGAUGGGACAUCAGGGUCCAAACAUGGGGCCUCACGGGCCAAAUAUGGGGCCUCACGGUCCAAACCUGGGGCCCCCUCCUCCUCCUCCCCCACCACCCAUGGCUAUGGGGCCAGGGCCUCCUCACAUGGCCCCACCAAUGGGACCCCCUGCUGGUAUGCCGGCCCCGGGACCCCAGGUGGUGCCUCCCCCCAGGCCUCCUGGUGUUGAGGCAGGAAAUGUCCAGUACAUGACGCCUGCCGCAGAAAUCUCGGCUAAGCCAGUCAUUAUAGCCCAGCCCAAAGUGGUGUACUCAGCCGCCCCACAGAUCACCGUUGAAAGGAAAGAGAAGAAGAAGAAGAAAAAGAAACUCAAAACUGGCGAGGCGAGUGCGGAGGGGAGAGAAUCGACCGACCAGAUUGGACCCAGCAUUCCCCUGACCCCGUCAUCCUUUGCCAAAAUGACAGAGGAGGACCGGUCAGUGACUGACAUGGACGUGGCCCCUCAUAGUACCAUGAUCGGGGGCAUCAUGGCCACGACCUCCGUGACCCCCGGCGUGCCCAAUCAGGGGAUGAUGGUUGCCAACGUGCCGCCUCCCACCUCCAAGAAGGAGAAAAAGAAGAAAGAAAAAAAGUUCAUCCGUCUGGCAGCCAACACUACUUGGGAGGACCCUACGCUGUCAGAGUGGCAGCAAGACGACUUCCGCAUGUUCUGCGGUGACCUGGGUAAUGAAGUGACAGACGAGACCCUUGUUCGGGCGUUCAACAAAUAUCCCGGCUUCCUCAAGGCCAAGGUUGUACGAGACCGAAGGACGAACAAGACCAAGGGCUACGGCUUUGUCAGCUUCAAAGACCCUGUGGACUUCACUCGAGCCAUGAGAGAAAUGAACGGGAAGUACGUUGGCAACAGACCCAUCAAGCUGAGGAAGAGCAACUGGAAGGACAGAAACAUCGAGGUGGUUAAGAAGAAAGAAAAGGAAAAGAAGAGGCUAGGACUCAAAUGAUCGCUAGGAACAUUUAAUUUAGCUCCAAAUUCCCCCCCUCCCUUUUUUCCCUCUUCCCUUAAGGUGCAUUGUUCUCCACCAGUCGGAAUGUUAUUUUUCCGAAAGCGUAAAUGGCUUUUCAUAAAAGCAUCUCAUGAACACAGGGUCUGAAGCCGGAUCUUUUCCAAAAGGCCAUAAAGGAAUAUACUUUGGAGUCUGCUUAAACCGAAUACAAUAAAUCCUAAAACAGCCCUUAACUGAAAGAAAAUAAACUUCCCAGGGCUUUUUUUCCUUCUAUUUGUGCAACCUGUCUAAUCCAAAAACUCAGCUAAACGGAGGAAACUCUGACAGACCCACAGAUUUCAGUUAAGCGGACUCCACGGUACAUUGUUCUCAGUUUGAUGGACCACCGGUGGGUGUCUGCAGUAUUAGUUGGACGUCGAGGUCGGGGGGUGGGGGGUGGGGGCUCUCUUUGUCUGACUGUAAAGUAGUAUGUGACAAUUUGAUGGACCACCGAUAGGUGUAUGCAGCGACAGUUAGGCGUGGAAUUCUGGGCGAGAACUCUCUUAUGACUGUAGAGUAGUAUCUGACUGAUUGACCACCGGUGGGUGUCUGAAGUAGUAGUUGGACGUAGAGGUCAGGGGAGAAAGCUCUCUCAGUCUGACUGUAAAGUAGUAAGUGACUGUUUGAUGGACCUCCAGUGGGUGUCUACUGUAAAGUAGUAUGUGACUGUUUGAUGGACCUCCAGUGGGUGUCCACUGUAAAGUAGUAUGUGACUGUUUGAUGGACAGUAGUAUGUGACUGUUUGAUGGACAGUAGUAUGUGACUGUUUGAUUGACAGUAGUAUGUGACUGUUUGAUGGACAGUAGUAUGUGACUGAUGGACCUCCAGUGGGUGUCCACUGUAAAGUAGUAAGUGACUGUUUGAUGGACAGUAGUACAUGUAUGUGACAGUUUGAUUGAUCACCGGUGAGUGUCUGUGGCAGUAGUUGGGCGGGGAGCACUGGGGGAGAACUCUCUCUGUCUGAUUGUAAAGUAGUAUCUGACUAUUUGACAGUUUUAUGCAAGAAUGUGGGUGCUUUUAUUUGUAUGUGAGUCGAUGUAUGGGAGUGAAUGGUAGUAAGUUUGUGGGAGUUUUGGAGGAGUUACUCAUGCGUGAAUGGAAUUCAUUGUUGCAACUUUGACAUAUGUCAGUUGCCCUAGAAUGUGAGUGUUUCUAAAGAUACACAUGCAUAUUCUGGGCAGGUUUCACACCGCUCAUAUUCUGGACAGGUUUCACACCGUAUAGUCUGGUUUGAAAAUGCGAAGAAGAUGAACAGUUUGAAACUUACACCUACAAACGGCAUCUCUUUUAUAAUGUUUCAUUGUUCACCUCAGUUUGGUCAUGCUUGUGAGAAACGUCAAUCUUACUGACAGUUUUAGUUUGAUUGUGGAUGCUUUGCGAAGAGAAUAAAAGUUGUGUAAUCUUGUAUGAAAA